CGCGGGGCUGCGAUUGGCGUCUGGGGGCGAUCUCGGGGCUGCUGGGAAGAUGGCGGACUCAGUGGCCCGCUGAUGAGGAGGCCGCGGGGGGAGCCGGGCUCCCGGGCCCCGAGACCAACUGAGAGAGUGACCUACGCGGGGUCCGGGGAGUCAUGUAGGGUGGCGCCUGCGGGGCGGGCCUCGGGAGGGCGGCGGGAGCUGGAGUUGGUGGCGGUGGCCACGGGCUGCUAGCCUCCCGGGGCCUGGACAGGGUGUGGGGGCCCUCCCGCGGACGGCACCGACCCCGCGCCUUGGCAGACGGCGCACUAGGGCCCAGCGCGUGCCCUUCGAGGUUACGCGCUGUGUUCUCAUUUCACUGGUGAGGAGGCUUAGGCAGAGAGGCGAAGACACUUGUCCAAGGUCACGCAGCUGGUAAGUGGGAGCGUCCAGCAUGGGACCCAGCACCGUCCGGCUGCAGAGCCCGCGUUCCGCCCACCCCGCCGCCGCCUCCUGCGGGAGGGGGAGGUGGUCGGCAGGGCGCAUCGCCCGGACCACCGGGGCCCCAGGCUGGGUGCAACCACCAACCCUGUGAAUGACCUCGGGCUUACCCUCUUCGCCGCUCUGGGCCUUGUUUCUCCACCUGUGAAAUGAGGUAACGCCAGCCCUGCGACUCCUCUUCAGCGUGCACGGAGCAUCGAAGGAGAUAUGCAUGUGAAAUGGUCUCCACCACCCAGCUCCAUGCUUCGAAUCCUGCUCUCUGCCCAGACUUUACCCGCUCGGCUGUCUGGUCUGCUGCUCAUCCCACCAAUACAGCCCUGUUAUUUGGGACCCAGCAAGUCGGGGGACCGGCCGUUUGGAGGAGGCCCUGUGCAAGGCCUUCAACGGCUUCUGGAACAGGCACGCAGCCCUGGGGAGCUGCUGCGAUGGUUAAGCCAGAACCCCACCAAGGUGCGAGCUCACCACUACCCUGUGGCACUUCGUCGUCUGGGCCAGCUCUUGGCGUCUCAGCCUAGGCCCUCUCCUGUGGAGCAGGCCACACUGCAGGACUUGAGUCAGCUCAUCAUCCGAAACUGCCCCUCUUUUGACGUUCACACCAUCCAUGUGUGUCUACACCUUGCAGUCUUACUUGGCUUUCCAUCAGAUGGACCACUCCUGUGUGCCCUGGAGCAGGAGCAGAGGUCCCGUCUCCCUCCAAAACAAUCCUCCCCACGCCAGCCUGCUAUCUAUGGUGGGCAAAGGUUGGAAGCUACCCUGAGCUGCCCUGGUCUCCUGCGGUAUCCUCGUCAGCAUCUGAUCAGAAGCCUGGCAGAGGCAAGGCCAGAAGAAUUGACCCCCCAUGUAAUGGUGCUUCUGGCUCAGCACCUGGCCCGGCACCGGUUGCGGGAACCCCAACUUCUGGAAGCCAUUGCUCACUUCCUGGUGGUUCAGGAAGCCCAGCUCAACAGCAAGGUGGUACAGAAGUUGGUCCUGCCCUUUGGGAGGUUGAACUACUUGCCCCUGGAGCAGCAGUUUAUACCCUGUCUUGAGAGGAUCCUGGCUCGGGAAGCAGGGGUGGCACCCUUGGCCACAGUCAACAUUUUGAUGUCACUGUGCCAGCUGCAGUGCUUGCCCUUUAGAGCCCUGCAGUUUGUCUUCUCCCCCAGUUUCAUCAACCACAUCAAUGGCACCCCUCCUUCUUUGAUUGUGCGACGCUACCUCUCUCUACUUGACACGGCCGUGGAGCUUGAACUCCCAGGGUACCAAGGCCCCCGCCUUCCCCAAAGGCAACGAGUGCCCAUCUUUCCACAGCCCCUCAUCACUGACCGUGCCCGCUGCAAAUACAGUCACAAGGACAUAGUGGCUGAGGGGCUGCGCCAGCUGCUAGGGGAGGAAAAAUACCGGCAGGACCUGACCGUACCUCCAGGCUACUGCACAGACUUUCUGCUCUGUGUGGGUAGUUCUGGUGCUGUGCUGCCUGUGAGGACCCAAGACCCCUUCCUUCCUUACCCACCACGGUCCUGCCAAGAGGACCAGGCUAACUCUAACCCCACAACCCAAGGCCCUACUCAGAGGGUGGUGCUGAUGCUUCGUGAACGCUGGCAUUUCUGCCGUGAUGGCAGGGUGCUGUUGGGCUCUCGGGCUCUGAGGGAGCGGCACCUGGGCCUGAUGGGCUACCAACUACUGCCGCUGCCAUUUGAAGAACUAGAGUCUCAGAGAGGCCUGCCCCAACUCAAGAGCUACCUGAGGCAGAAGCUUCAGGCCUUAGGUCUCCACUGGGGACCUGAGGGUGGGUGAGGGAGUAUACAUGGGGCUCAGGACGGCUCCUCUAUGGGGAGGAGGGUGGAUGGACAAUUUGCACUUUGGUUCCCUGUUGUUGGUUUUU